CAGUUUUUCUACAUAUUCCUAAGCCCUUCCCACAUGCUUUUCUGUAGAAUCUUUAUUUAGUGUUGAGAAAAAUAAAGUGGCAGACAGGAGCAAACAGCAGAAAGAUCCAUGAGUGUAUUCUACCAGAGCCAUGUAUCGACUUCUGCUGCUUUUGGGGUUGUUCAGCAUUAGUGUUUGUCUUCCUCGUCAGUAUCACUUCAUUAAUGAGAAUAAGACCUGGUAUGAAGCACAGAGAUACUGCAGAGACAAUUAUAUUGAUUUAGCCUCUAUUAAUAACACUGAAGAGGACCUGGCUGUUACUGAGAUCACAGACAUCUGGAAGAACAACCGAACCUGGAUUGGACUGUAUGAUGAUCUGAACAGCUGGAAAUGGUCUCUGGAAGAUGAUUCUGUCUACAAGGAGGGAGAGAGAAGAUUUAGAAACUGGUAUAUACAGAAACCAAGUGGCUGGUAUGGAAUCAGUUUGUGUGUGUAUUUAUCAAAUUAUGAUGGAGUUUGGUGGGACACCUCUUGUUCUGCAAUGCUUCCAUUCAUUUGUUAUGAUGGCAGAGUGAAUGCCAGUGAAAGAUAUGUCCCGGUUUAUCAGUACCUGAACUGGACUGAAGCUCAGAGAUACUGCAGAGAGCAUUACACAGACCUGACCAGUGUGAGGAAUGAGACUGAAAACCAGAAGAUUAGAUCAGUAUUUAAUAAUACGUAUUAUGCACCUCUUUGGAUCGGCCUGUACAGAACCAGAUCUUGGUCAGAUAAAAGCAACUCUUCUUUCAGCAACUGGAAACCUGGACAACCAGAUAAUUACACUCUGAAUGGAUCCUGUACUGCUGUGUCAUUUAAUGAUUCUGGCAAAUGGACAGAUGAAAACUGUAGUCAAGCUUUUCCAUUCCUCUGUUACAGCGUAAUACCAUCAUUACCCUCACAUCUGUAUCAAUUUGUUACUGAGAAUAAGACCUGGGCUGAAGCACAGAGAUACUGCAGAGAGAAUUACACUGACCUGGCUACCAUUGAUAACAUGGAGGAAAUGAACACACUCCUUAACACAGUAAAUGGCAGCUACUCAGGUUUAGCCUGGAUUGGACUGUAUGGUGAAGAGGACAGUUGGAGAUGGUCUCUGGAUGAUGAUGCUUUCUACCAGGAAGGAGAGAGAGACUUCAGAGGAUGGCCCCAUCAACCUGAUAACUACAAUGGACAGGAGCUGUGUGUUUAUAUUAGAUCUGAUGGAACAUGGUUUGAUGGUGACUGUAGGGCAUAUUUAGCUUUUGUUUGCUAUGAUGGAAUGAAUGGAACAGAAAAUUACACAUGGAUAAACCAGCCAAUGCCUUGGACAAAAGCUCAGCAUUACUGCAGAGAGCAUUACACAGACCUGGCCAGUGUGAGGAAUCAAACAGAUAAUCAACAAAUCCUCAACUUUACAGAUGGCUCUCCUACUUGGAUUGGUUUAUACAGGACCAGACUCUGGUCAGACAAACAGGAAACCACAUAUGAAAAUUGGAGACCAGCCACCUAUAAACAACCAGACAAUGGUAUUUAUAAUCCCUGGGAAUACGGUAAUCAGCACUGCACUGCUGUCUCAUUUAGGGAUUCAGGUCACUGGACAGAUGAGGACUGCUUAUCCACAUUCCCUUUUAUCUGCUAUAACAAAUUCUGCACUGGAUCAUCAUGCACCCUCCAUCAGUAUCACUUUGUUAAUGAGAAUAAGACCUGGACAGAAGCACAGAGAUACUGCAGAGAGAAUUACACUGACCUGGCUACCAUUAAUAACAUGGAGGAAAUGAACUCACUCCUUAAUACAGUAAAUGGCAGCUACUCAGGUUUAGCCUGGAUUGGACUGUAUGAUGAUCUGAACAGCUGGAAAUGGUCUCUGGAUAAUAAUUCUUUCUACCAAAAUGGAGAAAGUAACUUUAGUAACUGGUAUAUAAGCAAACCAUGGACCUGGAAUGGAAACAAUUUAUGUGUAUAUUUUACUUAUUAUGCAGUUUGGUGGGUGGAAUCUUGUUCUACAAAACAUCCAUUCAUUUGUUUUGAUGGCAGAGUGAAUGCCAGUGAUGAAUAUGUUCCAGUUUAUCAGCAGAUGAACUGGACUGAAGCUCAGAGAUACUGCAGAGAGCAUUACACAGACCUGACCAGUGUGAGGAGCGAGACUGAGAACCAGAAAAUCAGAUCAUUAUUUUUUAAUUCCACUGAUGAUAAUGCUUAUUAUAAUUAUUAUUAUUAUACUUACGGUUUUUGGAUCGGCAUGUAUAGAACCAGUCUUUGGUCAGACCAAAGCAACUCUUCUUUUAGCAACUGGAAACCUGGACAACCGGACAAUUAUAGCCAAAAUAAAUCUUGUGCUGCUGUGUCAUUUAAUAAUGAUUAUUAUUAUGGGAAAUGGACAGAUGAAAACUGUGAUCAAGCUUUUCCAUUCCUCUGUUACAGCACAAUGUCCUCAAACUCCUCUCAUCAGUAUUGGUUUGUUGAUGAGAAUAAGACCUGGACUGAAGCCCAGAGAUACUGCAGAGAGAAUUACACUGACCUGGCUACUAUUGAUAACAUGGAGGAAAUGAACACACUCCUUGACACAGUAAAUGGCAGCUACUCAGGUUUAGCCUGGAUUGGACUUCAUGAUGAUUUGGACAGCUGGAGAUGGUCUCUGGAUGAUGAUGCUUUUUACCAGGAGGGAGAGAGAGACUUCAGAGGAUGGCCCCAUCAGCCUGAUAACUACAAUGGAAAUGAGAUGUGUGUUUCCAUGGGGUAUGGAGAGAAGUGGUAUGACAGGCCUUGUACUGACAGAAAGUCAUUUGUUUGCUAUAACGGUAUGAACAACACAUAUGUGAUGAUUUAUAAUCAAACGACUUGGGAAGAAGCUCAGAGCUUUUGCAGAGUGAGUUACACAGACCUGGCCAGUGUGAGGAAUGAGACUGAACUUCAACAAAUACUGAGCAUCAUGAAGGGCUAUGAGGUAUGGAUAGGUCUGUAUAGGAACCGAUUAUGGUCAGAUCAAAGCAACUCAACCUUUACAUAUUGGAGGCCACAGAGUCCAGAACCAUCACCCGAACCUGAUAAUGGUUUGUAUUCAUCUGGGCAAUAUGGAAAUCAGCACUGUACAGCUGUGGAUCCUUCUGGCCGAUGGACAGAUGAAAACUGUUUUGCCAGUUUCCCUUUCAUCUGUUACACUGGGUUUUUUAGCCUGGGUGUCUGUCUUCCUCGUCAGUAUCACUUCAUUAAUGAGAAAAAGACCUGGUUGGAAGCACAGAGAUACUGCAGAGAGAAUUAUGUUGAUUUAGCCUCUAUUAAUAGCACUGAAGAGGACUUGGCUAUUAGUGACGUCAUAUCUGGAUAUCUGGAUAUCUGGAAGAGCAACCGAACUUGGAUUGGACUGUAUGAUGAUCUGAACAGCUGGAAAUGGUCUCUGUCUAAUGAUUCUUUCUACAAGGAGGGACAGAAAAGCUUUAGAAACUGGUAUAUACAGACACAAACAGACUGGUAUAGAAUCAGUUUGUGUGUGUAUUUAUCAACUUUUAAUGGACUUUGGUGGAAGACCUCUUGUUCUGAAAUGCUUCAGUUCAUUUGUUUUGAUGGCAGAGUGAAUGCCAGUGAAAGAUAUGUCCCAGUUUAUCAGAACAUGAACUGGACUGAAGCUCAGAGAUACUGCAGAGACCAUUACACAGACCUGACCAGUGUGAGGAACGAGUCUGAAAACCAGAAGAUUAGAUCAGUGUUUAAUGAUACAUAUCAUUCAAAUUUUUGGAUCGGCCUGUACAGAACCAGAUCUUGGUCAGAUAAAAGCAACUCUUCUUUCAGCAACUGGAAUCCUGGACAACCAGAUAAUUACAGACAGAAUGAAUCCUGUACUGCUGUGUCCUUUAAUGAUUCUGGGAAAUGGACAGAUGAAAACUGUAGUCAAGCUUUUCCCUUCCUCUGUUACAGCACCAUGCCAUCAUUACCCUCUCAUCAGUAUCACUUUGUUAAUGAGAAUAUGACCUGGACUGAAGCACAGAGAUACUGCAGAGAGAAUUACACUGACCUGGCUACUAUUGAUAACAUGGAGGAAAUGAACAUUCUCCUUAACAAUAUAAAUGGCAGCUACUCAGGUUUAGCCUGGAUUGGACUGUAUGGUGAUGAGAACAGCUGGAGAUGGUCUCUGGAUGAUGAUACUUUCUACCAGGAAGGAGAGAGAGACUUCAGAGGAUGGGAACAUCAACCUGAUAACUACUAUGGAAACGAGAUGUGUGUUUAUAUUACAUCUGAUGGAAAAUGGUAUGAUGAAGACUGUAGAGCAUAUUUACCUUUUGUUUGCUAUGACGAAAAGAAUGGAACAGAAAAUUACACCUGGAUAAACCAGCCAAUGCCUUGGACAAAAGCUCAGCAUUACUGCAGAGAGCAUUACACAGACCUGGCCAGUGUGAGAAAUCAAACAGAUAAUCAAAGAAUCUUCAACCUCACAGAUGGCUCUCCUGCUUGGAUUGGUUUAUAUAGGACCAGACUCUGGUCAGACAAACAGGAAUCCACAUAUAAAAACUGGAGACCAGUCACCAAUAUACAACCAGACAAUGGUAUUUAUAAUCUCUGGCAAUACGGUAAUCAGCACUGCACUGCUGUCUCAUUCAGAGAUUCAGGCCACUGGACAGAUGAGGACUGUUUUGCCACCUUCCCUUUUAUCUGCUAUAACAAAUUCUGCACUGGAUCAUCAUGCACCCUCCAUCAGUAUCACUUUGUUAAUGAAAAAAAGACCUGGACUGAAGCACAGAGAUACUGCAGAGAGAAUUACACCGACCUGGCUACCAUUGAUAACAUGGAGGAAAUGAACUCACUCCUUAAUACAGUGAAUGGAAUCUAUUCAGGUUUAGCCUGGAUUGGACUGUAUGAUGAUCUGAACAGCUGGAAAUGGUCUCUGGAUGAUGAUACUUUCUACAAUAAUGGAGAAAGAAACUUUAGAAACUGGUAUAUAAGCAAACCAUGGACCUGGAAUGGAAACAAUUUGUGUGUAUAUUUUGCUUAUUGUGCAGAAUGGUGGGUGGAAUCUUGUUCCGCAAAACUUCAAUUCAUUUGUUUUGAUGGCAGAGUGAAUGCCAGUGAGAAAUAUGUUCCAGUUUUUCAGCGGAUGAACUGGACUGAAGCUCAGAGAUACUGCAGAGAGCAUUACACAGACCUGACCAGUGUGAGGAGUGAGACUGAGAACCAGAAAAUCAGAUCACUGUUUGUUGAUUAUAAUGAUGAUAAUGCUUAUUAUAAUUAUUAUUAUAGUAAUUAUUAUUAUUUUUAUUAUAGUUAUCAUUAUUAUUAUUAUGAUGGUUUUUGGAUUGGCCUGUACAAACCCAGUCUUUGGUCAGACCAAAGCAACUCUUCUUUUAGCAACUGGAAACCUGGACAACCGGACAAUUAUAGCCAAAAUAAAUCUUGUGCUGCUGUGUCAUUUAAUAAUGAUUAUUAUUAUGGGGAAUGGACAGAUGAAAACUGUGAUCAAGCUUUUCCAUUCCUCUGUUACAGCACAAUGUCCUCAAACUCCUCUCAUCAGUAUUGGUUUGUUGAUGAGAAUAAGACCUGGACUGAAGCACAGAGAUACUGCAGAGAGAAUUACACUGACCUGGCUACCAUUGAUAACAUGGAGGAAAUGAACACACUCCUUGACACAGUAAAUGGCAGCUACUCAGGUUUAGCCUGGAUUGGACUGUAUGAUUAUCUCGAGAGCUGGAGAUGGUCUCUGGAUGAUGAUGCUUUUUACCAGGAGGGAGAGAGAGACUUCAGAAGAUGGCCCCAUCAGCCUGAUAACUACAAUGGAAAUGAGAUGUGUGUUUCCAUGGGGUAUGGAGAGAAGUGGUAUGACAGGCCUUGUACAGACAGAAAGUCAUUUGUUUGCUAUAACGUUAUGAACAACACAUAUGUGAUGAUUUAUAAUCAAAAGACUUGGGAAGAAGCUCAGAGCUUUUGCCAAAUGAGUUACACAGACCUGGCCAGUGUGAGGAAUGAGACUGAACUUCAGCAAAUACUGAGCAUCAUGAAGGGCUAUGAGGUAUGGAUAGGUCUGUAUAGGAACCGAUUAUGGUCAGAUCAGAGCAACUCAACCUUUACAUAUUGGAGACCACAGAGUCCAGAACCAACACCAGAACCAGAUAAUGGUUUCUAUUUUGGACAACGAGGAAAUCAGCACUGUACAGCUGUGGAUCGUUCUGGCCGAUGGACAGAUGAAAACUGUUUGGCCAGUUUCCCUUUUAUCUGCUAUACUGCAUUCACUCCAGGUGCUGUGAUGGGACUGCGAAUGAAAGUCACUGCUAAUGAAAAUCUAUUAAACUCUCAGAUUAAAACGUUGGCGCUGCUGGAACUUCAGCAAGAAUUGAGCAGACUGGGACUUUCAAGCAACUACACUGUAAAUGUGAGAAACAUCCGUAAGCUCGGUCCAUAAAGGAAAACGUCUACAUUCAUGUUCAAAAUAUAACAAUUUAUCCAAUGCUAGGUUCUGUAGUGAUUUUAUAUAUUCAUUUAUUUAGCAAUCUUUCUUUUCCAGAGCAGUUGGGAAUGCUGUAGAGUUCUAUUAAUAGAAGAAUAUAGACACUGAAAUGAUAACUUUGAACAAACUGAAGAUUUUUGUGUAAAAAAGUAUGCUUUUCAUUUAUUAAUUGUUUUCAGUAUUGGGGUUCAUGUAGUUUUGGUUGUGCGGAUUAAAUGCUGAUUAAGGGUCAAUCUAAUAAAACCCUUUAAUGAAAGAAUGUAUGACAUAUUUUGUUUUGGGUGAAGUAAUGCUAUUCAAACAGGAAAUAUGUUUCAUAUUGUUUCAAAAUAUAUUAUUUUUAUUGAGAACUCUAGUGCAGCACUGUGGUGCAGGGAAACCAAGAAGGUCUCAUAGCUCAAGCUCCUUAUUGGUGUGAAUGUGAUGAACCACACAUUAUGAAUGUUUUGUUCAUACAUCCUGUCAAAAUAGCUUUACAUAACAAAGAAUAUAUGGGUGUCACAAAAAUCUCCAUACAUAAAGGAAAUUAAUACUUAUUAGCAAAACGUAACUGUACAUCCUCUUUAAACAUCCUCUAAAUUAUUGCCAUUUCUUUCACCCACAUCUCUUCCAGAGUUAUCUCAACUUUGGCUCCUUGUGACAGCUUCCCGAUCCAUCCAUUAGAAUAAUUUCUAUAAAUUCUUCUUUUAACAAAGGCAUUCAUAUCUGAAAAAAAUCUUUAUAUUAAGAUUUUGAAAGACAUUUUGCCAAAAAGUUGAUUUCCCCCACGUAUGGAGGAUUUAAGGACAUCCUGUAUAAUUAAGAUCAUCUCAAUACAGAAAACCAUAUCCUUAUACAUCAGUGGUGGACAAACUACAGCCCAUGAGACGGCCCACUGAGCUGUUUAAUACGGUCCAUCGAUUAUUUACAAAAUUGUCCUGUAUAGACCAUAUUCAUUUCACCUUUUUCCUGCCAUAACCUAAGUUUCAGUUGAUUCCACUAGAUGGCGCACUCCAAACACUAUCGACGUAUGAUAAAGCAGAGUCUAUCCUUUCUACACAGAUAUUCAUUCUUCAAGUUUGCUUUUGAAUUGAAAACUUUAACCAUGAAUGAACCAAAGAAAUUGUUGUUCCAAAACGUUGUUCCCAUUGAAAGUGAAUA